AUUUGCAGGCAAAAAAUAACAUAUAAAGGGGUUAGGAAUUAAGUUGAGAUCAUAAUUGAAUUGUAAAUCAAUUAACCAACUUAAUCAACAAAAUGAUGCGUUUACUUGUUUUAGCUUCACUCCUAAUCGUCCCAGCUUUCGUCUCAGCUGAUGAGAUCGCUAACUCUGGUGCUGUAACUGAAGCAAUCCCAUUGUUACUCUGGGCUGCUUCUGACCCUAAAGAAGACAGUCAAGCAGCUAAGAUCGAUGCCGCCAAGUUUUAUCAAUUCACUGAGAAGUACCGAGAAGAGUUCCUCAAGUACUACAACAAACUUAACAUCAUUGGUGCUACUAAAUUCCUCCAAGAACAUGCUGAAGAAUCAGGAACUGAAGGAGUUAACUGGGUUCUUGUUUUUGCCAAGAUCCUCGAGAAGAAGGUAACUGGACAAAGUGAAGAGAAAGAACACGGACUUCCAUCACUCGUUGCUUGGGCUGUCAGAAACACUGGACCUGGAACUAAAUAUACCUCAGUUACUCGCGAAACUUUAGUCUCUUUCCUUUUGGCUCACAAGACUGACAUCUUGAAGUACCAACAUGAAGGUGAUGUCGAUGGUUUAGUUAGUUUCCUUGAAUCAACCAAAGCCGAAUCAACCUCUAAUGAUGUUGACUGGAAAACUGUUAUCAAUGAGCUUAAGGAUAACCGACAAUUGUUCAAGUCUUCAUGUGGUCUGUUGAACCUCCAAUUAUGCGAUAAUAUCAAAGCAUAAUUCCAAUUUCAAACCACAUAUAUUCGUCUCCAAGCGUUGAAGAACUCAAUGUUUAUGUCAAUGAAUAAUAAAUAAAAGUAUAAAGCAAAUUUAGUUCAAAA